AUGAGUGUUCCAUCCUCCUCGAACAGCUCGCCCGUCGAUGGGGGGCUGGAGAAAGGCAAGCUAGACUAUCCUCGAGAGGAAGAAGAGAAGGACCACGAAGAGACCGAAAGCGACUCGAUACGGCACACUGGACGCCAAAGCAAUACUCUCAACACACCACUUUCGAAGGCACGAUCGCAUUCGUCGGCUCGAUCAGCGCGCUCAUACACCGAUGGCUACACUCACGUCGAGCAUGAAGAGAAAGAGGUUCAGGGAACCGAUGGAAGCACACAGCCCAAGGAGGAAGGCAAAGAGUUCGAGGUCCAAUUCGAUGGAGACGCGGACCCUUUCAAUCCCAAGAACAAGUCCACACUGCGGAAGUGGAGCAUUGUGCUCAUAGGCAGUGCAUGUUCACUCUGCGUGACUUGCGCUUCAGCAUUGUACACCAGCACGUACGACCAGAUGGAGCAGGAAUUCCAUAUCAGCCGAGAAGCAGCGACAGUCGGCUUGACGACGUAUGUCUGCGGGCUAGGUCUUGGGCCUAUGUUCUUGAGCCCGCUGUCAGAGUUCUAUGGUCGGCGUAUCAUCUACAUCUGCGCUUUUGGGAUGUUCUUCGUCUGGUUGAUUCCGUGCGCCGUGGCGCCGAACAUUGCGUCGAUGCUGGUGUUUCGCUUCUUGGACGGGCUUGCGGGCAGCGCGUUCUUGUCUGUCGCUGGAGGGACGGUCGGAGACAUGUUUCCCAAGGAGAAGCUGUCAGCUCCGAUGAUGAUUUACACUGCUUCGCCAUUCGUUGGACCCGAGGUCGGCCCCGUGAUAGGCGGAUUCAUAAACCAGUUCGCGGACUGGAGGUGGUCGUUCUGGGUGCUGGUCAUCUGGGCAGGCGUACUUGAAGCUGCAAUCGUGUUCUUGGUGCCAGAAACUUACGCGCCUGUCUUGCUUAGACGGAAGGCCAUCAAGCUUCGCAAAGAGACAGGCGAUGAAAGAUGGAAAGCACCAAUUGAGAUCAUGGACCGAUCGGUAGCGAGAACAGUUCUGUGGUCUUGCAUCCGGCCGUUCCAGUUAUUGUUCUUCGAGCAAAUGUGCUUGAACUUGUGCUUGCUGAGCGCAAUAUUGUUGGGUAUACUUUACCUCUUUUUCGGAGCAUUCGCGCUCAUCUUCCAGAACAACCACGGGUUCAACCAAUGGCAGACUGGCCUUACCUUCUUAGGCAUCUUCGUUGGCAUGGUCAUUGGUGUCAGCUGCGACCCAAUAACGCGAAGAAAUUACCAGAGGCUCGUUCGCAAUAAUGGCGGCGUAUCCGAGCCGGAGUUCAGACUACCACCGACGAUCUUGUGA